AUCAAUUACUGGCAACUGGCGUAUGUUUGUCUUUCUUUUAUUUUCCGUUCGUCUAAUGCCUAUUCUAUUAUUUGCAAAAAUGUACCGUGUGUUUGGUGGCUAAACAUUCUUACAAUGAAACAAAUUCACACUUCGAUCAUUGGUGUGAUAUUCUGCGCUUGACUUAUUCGUUUGUUGUGUUCGAUGUCGACCCUACGCCAUUACCAAUUUCAAUUUAAGAACUUUGAUUAGUGGUUUUGAUCUACACUAUACACAACAAUGGAUUAUCCGGUUCAUAAAGAUCACAUGAAUUUUGUAUGGAUGAAUGGAGACAAUAAUAUGUUUAUUCCCCAUUCUGAAAAUGAACAUACUACAGCUAUAGAUCCGGCGUUCUUUGAUAACUCUAUGCCACAGACGGAAACUAUUCAACCUAGCAUGGAAUUGAACAAUUACAUGUUAUACAAUCAUCCAAAGGAUAUGGAUAACUCAAAUGGAAUAUGGAAAUUCCAAGCUGCACGUAGUAUUCAGAAUAUUGGGAUUUGUGAACAAGGAAGAAAAAUAAAUGCACCUAGCUCUCGAAAAAUCAAACCUAUUCAAAAUCCUGCAUUAAAAUUGAAAACUCCUAUUGCAUAUCAAAGAGAUUCAGAUCCUAACAUGUUACCUAUUGAAAAAGAAGGAAGAGCUGUUUGUAUAAAUUGCGGUGCCAUUGGCGUUAAACAUUCAUUUUACACAAAACUAAGAAAUUUCUGCAGUCAAGCUUGUGUUAAAGCAACAAUGGAAAAGUCUGCAAUCUAUUGGUCUGGGGAAACUCAAAAUAAAAAUAUUGCUGAAGAUCUAGAAUCAUCUUCUACUUCUGUAAACGAUGAACAUUUAUUUACUGAAAUGCCCAAAAUUGAUGUCAGCAAUUAUCUUAUUCCUGCUGAAAAUAGUGAAGUUAAAGAUCACCAAAUUAUGGAAGAUGAAUCUGAAUCUGAUGAUUCACUUUCUUUUACUACAUAUCCCAUUGAAGAAGAUUUAUUGUUUCCUCCUGAUAAAAAACCAUGUCGACCAAUUCCUCAAACAUAUGAUUGGGUGAAAGAUUUGACUAACAAAAAUGAUGAUGUUGUUCCUGUUCAAUGUUUCCGUUAUGCUCCUAUGGCCGACUGUUGGGAUGAUAUAGCAGUUGGAAUUAAAGUUGAAGUUGUAAAUACAGAUUGUGAUAAUUUUAGUGAAGAAUUUCCUGACUACUAUUGGGUUGCUUCUAUAGUUAAUAUUGCAGGAUAUAAAGCAAAGUUACGUUAUGAGGGGUAUGAAUCAGAAGAAAGUAGUGAUUUUUGGGUAAAUUUAUGUUCUUGUGUUGUACAUCCAGUUGGUUGGUGUGCAACAAGGGGUAAACCAUUAAUACCUCCUAAGUCUAUUCAAUCAAAACAUUGUGAUUGGAAAGAUUUUUUAGUCAAGCGUUUAACAGGAGCUAGAACAUUGCCUACAAAUUUUCGUUUAAAAAUAUUUGAAUCUCUGAAGUCAAAAUUUCGAAUUGACUUAAAUUUAGAAUUAAUUGAUAAAGAACAUAUAUCAAAAGUUAAGGUAGCCAAAAUUCUUAAUAUAAUUGGUAAACGGUUAGAAUUAAGGUAUUAUGAUGAUGAAGAACAGGUAUUUUGGGUACACGAAGACUCACCAUUAAUUCAUCCAGUUGGUUGGGCUGGUCGAGUAGGUCAUAGUUUGUGUGCUCCUGAUGAAUAUUGUGAUAGAACAUCAAAAGGUUUACGUGAUAAAGAUGAUGCUACAGAAGAUCUUUUUCCGAUAUCAAUACCAUUUAAGUCAGGAUUUCAAGUUGGAAUGAAGCUGGAAGCAAUUGAUCCUUUAAACCUUGCAUCAAUAUGUGUUGCAACAAUUAUGAAAGUGCUGAAUGACGGCUAUUUAAUGAUCUCUAUUGACUUUUAUAAUAGUACACCAAAAGAUUGGUUUUGUUAUCAUUGUACAUCUGCAAGUAUUAUGCCAGCUGGAUUUUGUAAAGCACACGGUAUUAAUUUAAAACCGCCUCAAAAUUCUAUUAAUCCUUUUGUAUGGAAAGACUAUCUAGUAAAUUCCAGCAGUAUAGCAGCUCCAGAACAUCUCUUUGAUAUGGAAAUACCUGAUCAUGGAUUUAAAUGCGGUAUGAAACUUGAGUGUACUGAUUUAAUGAAUCCUCAUUUAAUAUGUGUGGCAACUGUAGUAAGAACAGCAGGGCGGUUAGUAGAAGUUCAUUUUGAUGGAUGGGAAAAUGACUUCAACCAAUGGUUAGAUUGUUGCUCAUCUGAUAUAUUUCCAGUUGGCUGGUGUGAAUUAGUAGGUUAUAAAUUAGAAGGACCUAUCACACAAACCAUUCAAGAGCAUCGACCUAGUAAACAUAAAAGAAAAAAAUCAAGGAAACAUCAACGUGUACCAGCCAAAAAAGUUACUGUACCACAUUUAAUAGUUCAUACAAAGGUUCCUACUUCUUGUUAUACUUCUGUGGAUGUCUCUCAGAAAUGGACUGCUGACAAUAAAAUAACUUGUGUACGAAGUCCAGUUUCAGCAGCAGAACCUUUGGGUCCAGAUCAAUCUCUACCAGUUGCUAGUGUAAAUAAUGCAACAAGUAUUAAAGAAGAAGAUGAACUAAAACGAUCAUUUUUGGAAAAAGAUACAAAUUUAUGGAGUGAAAAAGAUGUAUCUGAGUUUUUACUUUUUAAUCAGUGUGCUACAUACUGUGAUGUUUUUUUAAGCCAAAAUAUUGAUGGUAUACAAUUGUUGAAUCUCACCAAAGAAGAAAUUAUACACAUGACAGGAAAUAAAGUUGGCCCAUCGCUGAAAAUAUUUGAUCUUAUACAAAAAUUAAAAAACAAAACUAAAAGAAAAAAAUACCUGUGAAUUGAUCUUAUAACUUGUGUUUGUGGUUUUAUAUGCAAACAUAAUUUAUAUUAUAAUAUUUAUAAUGAUAAUUGAUGAUAAUAAUUAUUAUUACUACCUAUGGUUAUUAGAUCGAAUUAAACUAAAUGUUAAAUAAAUAUGUAUUUAUAGUUAAAAUACUAAAUAGUCUAGUGAACAAGUGGACACUAUUCGAAUUAGAUUGGUUAAAUAGUUUUAAUUUGUAUUUUAAUAUAAUUAGAAACAAUAACAGACUAAUAAUGGAAAUCAUUUUUGCUCAACUAGUAUUUUUAAAUCUGAUUGAUAUUCAAUAUUAUUCAUUAUUUUUAGAAAAUUUAAAUUUUUUUAUGAAUGAUUGUAAUAUUCUAAAUUAUGUUAAAUUAUUUAUUAUAGUAUACAUGGGAGUUUCAUGUUAUUAACACCAAUAUUAGUGUUAUUUUACAAAUUCUUUACUUAUUAGAGACAUAUGACUUAAGUAUUGUUGAGCUUUUAAUCUGUUGACUAAAAUUAUUUAAAAAAUCACUUGUAUAAAAUAUUACAAAUUAAAACAUUGCUAGGAAGAUUUGUACAAUUUUAAUACAAUUUUUUUUUAUUAACAUUACAAUGUGAUAAAUUCAAACAUUUAAUUUUGUAUCAUUAUUAGUUUGUGUUUAAUAUUUAUGUUUAAUUUUUUUCUGUUCAACUUACAUAUAAUUUUAAUAUUUAUAUUAAUAAUAAACAGCUAAUGGCAAUCAUGGUGGGAAGGGAGUUUUAUGUACCCUUCUCAUCACCACUGUGGCCUUUUUUUUUAUACUUACUAAGCAAUAAUUUGUACGCAUUAUUAGAAUUAGAUGUUGUUGUAAUAUUGUAAUACAAUCACAGUCUAUUCAAGUAUAGUUUAGUACUAUUGAUUUAUGACGUCGCUCUUAUGAUUUUUUGACACAAUUGCAAUCUGCCAAGAGCUGAUUACUCAUGAAAAUAAAAAAUUAAUUGCCCACGUUAA